CGGAGCGCGUGCGUGGUUCGUUGCAGUGGCCCUCGUCGUCCGCGCGUCCUGCAGGCCGUCGUCUAGGCCGUCGUCUAGACCGUCCCGCCCGGCGCGGCGCGCGAACCGGCCGCCGGUCCCACAGUGUGUCCCACAGCCGCAGCGUGUGCAGCACACGUUCCCCGCGCUGCCGUUUGUGUUAUUGUUGUUGUUGCUGGUUCGUCUGCUGCGAGGUUAUUGUUGUUAUUGUUAUUGGUGGCCAUUGGCGGCAUCGAAGGGCGAAAGCGUGCGAGUGCGCUGUGCGCUGCCCUUCAUCGUGUUCUAGUGCAUCGGCGUCGUCGGACACCGCGGCUCGCUGCAGCCGGCGGAGAUUUUGGAUUACCACGCCUCGAGAUGGCGGUGCCCGUGGCCAUGCCCGUGCUGCUGAUGGUGCUGCUGGCCACCUGCGCGCGCUGUGCCGCCGCGGACAUGCAUCGCGCUGACAUAGGUGUGCUGGUGGACCUUCACGUGGCGCAGGAGGGCGCCGGCGGCGCGCUGGGCCCCCAGGGCGGCCAGAGCAGGCGCUGCUCCGCCCUCAACGUGGACGCCGUGCAGCCCGUGCUGGCGGCGCGGUGGGCGGCCUCCGUCGUGUCGUCGCAGGCCCACCAGGUCGCCGUCGACGUCAAGGUGUUCGACACGUGUGGGGACCCGGACACGGCCAUGCGCGACGUCUUCUACGCCGUCAAGGAGGCCCUCGAGGAGCAGGAUGUGCCGCUGCUGGGCCUGGUCGGCCUGGGCGAGGCGGAGGUGCUCAGCCAGACCGUGAGCACCCUCCACGCCUUCAACAUCCCCCUGGUGCUGGCCUCGCCGCGCCUGGCCGAGAUGAUGGCCCCGGAGGACAACACCCUGACCACGGCCCCCGACAUGGCUAGCAUAGUGCAGGGUGUUGUGGAACUCGGGCACGCGCUGGGCGUGUCCUCCAUGUCCGUGGUGUCGUCAUGCCCGCACAGCCUGGGCCGCUUCAAGCACGACCUGGACGCGCGCGGAAUGCGCCUGGCUCGCCAGCUGCACGUCAAGAAGCACCUGGCCGUGCUCGGGGACGUGGUCCGGACCUUCUUGGAGGAAUCCGAGGAAGGCGAACUGUGGCCCUGGUCCUGGACCCCGAGGAGAUCAGCGCUUUGGCUCAAAGCCUUCGCAGCUACCGCAUUGCGUCCGCGCAAGGUGCAGCUCAUCACCGGGACCAUCGGCCUGAACCACAACCUCAUGCGGCUCUGGAGGAACCUGUUCGCAGGCUCCUACCUCAUCGAGCCCCACAUGCCCGAGCUUCCAGACUUCCGCAACUAUUUGCUUACAACCUUUAAGGAGGCACAAACGGAUGUUAAUGAGACAUUGGUGAGAGAAUACAUGUCCAUUGUGUAUAGCUGUCACUGGAACGAUGAUCUGGAAACUGCUCAGAAGAAAUGUAAGGACUUGUCCAUGGUGGAACUCUCACACAAACUACAAAUUAAUCCUGAGGUGACAUUUGUGGUGAAAGCUGUGUCUGCCUUCUCGGCGGCUCUCUUCUUGUUGAGAGUUUCUCGUUGUGAAAAGAGUGGGAUGGCCGAGCCUUGCCUGUCCUUUUUGUCUCCCAACCCCAGCGGCUCUGUGCCGUUGUCCACACCUUUGUCGCUGGCCAGGAGUGAGGAUGUGAUUCCUGGCAGCAGCAAUCUCCAGCAGGAAAUGCUGUCGAUGCUGUCGCAGCUGAGUUUUACAUCCGGCCAUGAUGCUCCAUUCGAACUCUCGGGCACAAGAAGGCACUUGACUCGUGAUGGUAGACUGGUGGCUAAUAAGUACACUGUGGCUCGCAUUAGCCAGGAAGGAGAUGUUGUCGGGAUUGGGUGGUACUCGGAUGACAAGGGCCUACUUAUUGAUUCAUCCAUGCGGCUUACCAGCGCUCAGAGAAAGUCAUCAAACUCUGACAGAAAGCAACCUAGGGGAUUCUCGUCUGACUCCAGCUAUCCAAUGCUUCAAAAGGAACCUCAGCUAGACAGUUUGACUGUAGUUGGGGAAGGGGUUGAUGCCAGGAAAGUUAGACCAGAUAACUAUCUUGGCCGUCUCUGGGCUACCAUAAUGGUAGCUAUUGCUGCCGUGGGUAUCUUGGCCACUCUGUUCAUCCUGGUGUAUGUUCUCAUCAAAAUCUGCGACGGCACGCUAGCUGGAAACCAAUCACUUGGGGUCCUGCUCCUUCUGGGCAUCAUGACCCUGUUUGCUUGUGUUGUACCAUUUGUUUUGCCAGUGAGCGAAACAAAGUGUGGGGUCAGAGUAAUGGCUUAUCCAGUGGCUCUAGCUCUCUGCUAUGGCAUUCUGCUGGUUAAAGUAAUGCAAUUGCGAUCCCUUGUCCUGCUGGGAUUGGGCGGCAGAAUCUCAUACUUAAACCAGUACAUCAUACUUUUCUUCAUUGUUCUCGUACAGGUGGUCAUCAAUGUUCAGUGGUACAUGACCAAUGGACCACACUUGCGGAUUGAUUCUGAAGGCACUGCUUACUGUUUUGUGCCUCGAUCCGACUUUUUGAUGCUGCACACAUACAUUGUUAUUUUGGUCAUUUUGGCCUUUGGCUAUGGAUUAUCAGUUUUGAAAAUACGCAGAAACUACAAAGAGGGCCGAUGGGUUACACUUGCUGCUUUCCUGUCACUGCCUAUAUUGGUCGUGUGGGGUCUGGUAUUGGGUUUGGCUGCUGACCGAUAUGAUGAACUUACUACCUGCAUGGCUCUGAUGCUGCUGGCUCUGAUCCUCAUCUUGGCCAUCUUCAUACCCAAGAUGAACACCAUAUCAAAGCAGACCAAGCACUUCAAGCACAAAAAAAUGCAUGUAGGCGCUGAUUCAGUCAAUACCAUUUUUAGCAACUUUUCUGACUUACAACGGACUUCGUCCAGACUGCAUCCUCACCACAGCAGAAGGCCUACAUCUGGUCAUACUGGCCGCAUCUCUAGGUCCUCUCCAAUGACUAUAGUUCCAACACAUGCACCACACAUGUUGCAACACAAUAAGCACCUGUCUGUGCCUCACAUGGCAGAUGCAUAUUCAGACUAUGUAACUAAAAAUCCUAUUUAUGAAGUAACUAAUGGGGCUUACCCUUAAUACCUGUAUGUUUGAUAUGGGGUAAAUAAUUGACAGUGUGAUAUUUUUCUUUCCAAACUGCAAUAUGCUGUAUGGACAAUGUAAAUUUCCUUUCAUGAUUAAGACUGAUAUGAUGUGCGCUCCUCCUUCUAGAUGAGACCCGUUUUAAUAAUUUUCAAGUUGGACUAUGGUGUACAUACAGGCACUGCAAAUUCACUAACAACUUUGACCCUUAUAAAAGAAAUUAUAGAUGUGCAGUUUCUGUCAUUGA